CAUGGCAGCCACAAAACCUAUUGCAUGGCAAGAUCUAUUGUGAUCUGCACCCUGAUGAGCAGUGAUCCCUCCAUUAUCCCAGUGAGGCAGGAACUCCAGAAUUGGAAAUACACAAUAUCAGUAGCUCUAAACAUGCAAACCUGGUUGUUUUUUCCUCUCCUAGAACAACCAUGGUUGUAAAAGAAGAAAUAAACAAUACCUAUGGCCCGCAUGGGGGGCUGAAAUUCACCACAGAACCAGACUUUAUCACCUUAGAUAAAGCUACACAGACUUCCUAUGAAGAGGAGGCAGAUGAUCUGACCCAGGGGAAGAGAGCAAAUUCAUUUCAAGCUCACACAUUUGUGCCUAGUAAAGAAAGGUACUACAUACUACAAACAAAGACCAAAGUGGUACGAGAGAAUGCCUCCCCUAUUACACCAGAGUCGGAGUCUGGGGAUAUCCUCCUGAAUGAGAAGCAGAUAAAAAAGGAUGCAGACAAGAACUUGGAGCAGCACCAAAAUAUCUCCUUGCAACCAGAUGAGAAAGCCUUUAAUGAGAUAGCUGGAAAAGCUGAUACAACAGCCACAGUUACUGGACAGAUACUUUUAGCUGUGGCUAGUCUGAGGGACACAGACAAAACUAAUAUCCAGGCAGCUACAGCUAUGCUUAAUUCCAUCCUGAAGAAAGAGAGGAACAAACUGAGUGGGAAGGUGCCAGAAAUAAUUGAUAUUAUUUAUUUUCACCUGCGCGCUAUCCAGGAACCUAGUGCAAGAGAAGCAGCAAUAGGGGCUGUGUGCCUGCUGGCCGAAAAACACACAGAGGAAACUAUCUCAAGCCUUCUGAGACUUUCGCUGCUUUGUGACAGACAUAUCAGUAAAAUUUGGGAAGCUCUUGGCCAAGCUAAACAACCUGUUAGACUCCAGGUUCUUGCCAAGCUUCUGGAAGCACUGAAAAAAAAACCUUGCCUCAAAAGUGAACACCCUGGAUCGAACACCAACUUGAAGGAUAAUUCAUCCCUUCUACCUCUAGCUGCAACAAAGGCCCUGUGCAUAAUAUUUAGAGAUAAAAAGUGCAAAGUGCCUAUGAACAGCUUUUAUGUGUCCGUGAUCAUCUUCCUGGUUAUUCAGCUUCAUUACCUAGUGAACUUUUCAGAAAUUGAAUACGGACAGGAGGAUAUACUCCAAAAUUCAAGCUAUAUAAGCUGUGCCAUGGAAGCGUUAAAAGCCUUAGUUAAAAGGGAGAAGUCUUCUCAGACAUGCUUUACAAGUCUAGCAGGAAGCUGGGACCUCUUGUCUUCACCUGAGAAUUAUAUUGAAGGAGUUCUUCUGCUGGCCAAAGCCAUUGUCAAACAUCAUCGGGGGCUUGACUAUGCUGUGUUUACCAAGGUGAUCCCACUCCUUCAUCAUGGGGAUGACCAACAGAAGCUAACAGCAAUGGCCUUUUUCACUGCACUUCUUUCUUCUGAAUCCACCUACAAAGUGCUACAAAAACAUUAUAUCCUGGGUCUAUUAAAGAACUGGCAGAACGAUUCAAACCCAACCUACCGCCGGCUCAGUCUCCAUGGGAUAGGCAAUGUAGCACAUCACCUGCAAACUAAGAAGGAGUUCACAGCCUUGAUGCAGGAUAUCCUUCCAAGUUUUUAUGACCCUGAUGAGAAGGUAAUCUUGACAGCGAUUGAGGUCGUAAUGAAGGUUCUUUCAAUCGACAAGAAUGUUGCCACACAUAUGAAGAUUGCCAGGGAACUUCAGCCACUCUUGUCCGAUGAUAGGAGCAAAGUGUGCUGUGCUGCAAACAGGCUGUUUCAAGACCUACUUAAGAACCUCGAUACAAAAGAUAAACCCCUUAUGCAAGACCAAGUUCUUGCCAUGAUUGUCCCAUUGUUGCUGUCCUUGCAGGAUCAGCACCCAGAAGUGGCUAAGAGUCGUCGGGAUAGCUUAAAAGAAUGCAGAGCCUUCUUGGGAUGGACUACUAAUGACAAUCUGGAUUCUUGGAACGUAAUCUGCAAGCACCUUGUUGAGGAUCACCGAGGAACACUACAAAACUUUCUGUAUCAAGCACAGGACUAUAGUCACAGCGCACGACCAUCUACAAGAAUCGCAGCCACCAUGUUUAUAGUAUGGCAUAUCUCUAGAUUCCAUCUUCCAGCACCUGGAAAACAGUCUUGUGCCAAAGUCAGAAAUGGACCUCUUGAGGCAAGCCUUCGACUCCUUUCCAUCAGAAAAAGAGCAUCCUGUCCCUGUUGUUCUGGAACCAAAAAAAGGACGCAGGUAUUGCCCAGUUCUAUUCAGAUGUUCCCGUUAUUUCCCACGAUCCUGUAUCUGAAGCGAAUAUCCAUCAGAAUAAAGAUCACUGUAUGAAACUUCUUUUUUAAAAAAAAUUGCAUAUUGAUUCCAUUACCUUUAAUGUAAAAGCAUUUCACAACUAAAAAAACCCAUUUCAUUAAAAAAGAUCAUUCUACUAUAUUAAACUUAGAUUAAGCACUCAUAAUUACUUACUGAUAGUCC